GCAGCGCCCCACCUCCUGUCUCGGUCCUCAGCUCCCCGCCCCUCCUCGUUCCGCGUCUCUAGGCCCGUCGCGCCCGCUAUAAUCACGUGAUUGCCUCAUCCGGGUCCUUUGCGUUCUCUCUCCCUCUCCCAACAUGGCGGCCUCAGCAAAAAAGAAGAAUAAGAAGGGGAAGACCAUCUCCCUAACAGACUUUCUGGCUGAGGAUGGGGGAACUGGUGGAGGAAGUACCUAUGUCCCCAAACCAGUCAGCUGGGCUGAUGAAACAGACGACCUGGAAGGAGAUGUGUCAACAACUUGGCACAGUAACGAUGACGAUGUGUAUAGGGCACCUCCAAUUGACCGUUCCAUCCUUCCCACUGCUCCACGGGCUGCUCGGGAACCCAAUAUCGACCGGAGCCGUCUUCCCAAAUCGCCACCCUACACUGCUUUUCUAGGGAACCUGCCCUACGAUGUGACAGAAGACUCCAUUAAGGAAUUCUUCAGAGGAUUAAAUAUCAGUGCAGUGCGCUUACCACGUGAACCCAGCAAUCCAGACAGGUUGAAAGGUUUUGGUUAUGCUGAAUUUGAGGACCUGGAUUCCCUGCUCAGUGCCCUGAGUCUCAAUGAAGAGUCUUUAGGUAACAGGAGAAUUCGAGUGGAUGUUGCUGAUCAAGCACAGGAUAAAGACAGGGAUGAUCGUUCUUUUGGCCGAGAUAGAAAUCGAGAUUCUGACAAAACAGACACAGACUGGAGAGCCCGUCCUUCCACAGACAGCUUUGAUGACUACCCGCCUAGAAGAGGGGAUGAUAGCUUUGGAGACAAGUAUCGAGAUCGUUAUGAUUCAGACCGCUAUCGAGACGGGUAUCGGGACGGCCCACGUCGGGAUAUGGAUCGCUACGGGGGCCGGGAUCGCUACGAUGACCGAGGCAGCAGAGAUUAUGACAGGGGCUAUGACUCCAGGAUAGGCAGUGGCAGAAGAGCAUUUGGUAGUGGGUACCGUAGGGACGAUGACUACAGAGGAGGUGGGGACCGCUAUGAAGACCGCUAUGACAGACGGGAUGAUCGGUCGUGGAGCUCCAGAGAUGAUUACUCUCGGGACGAUUACAGGCGAGAUGACAGAGGUCCCCCCCAAAGACCCAAACUGAAUCUAAAGCCUCGGAGUGCUCCUAAGGAAGACGAUUCCUCUGCUAGCACCUCCCAGUCCAGCCGAGCGGCUUCUAUCUUUGGAGGGGCAAAGCCUGUCGACACGGCUGCUAGAGAAAGAGAAGUGGAAGAGCGACUACAGAAGGAGCAAGAGAAGUUGCAGCGUCAGCUGGACGAGCCAAAACUAGACCGGCGGCCCCGGGAGAGACACCCAAGUUGGCGAAGUGAAGAAACUCAGGAACGAGAACGGUCGAGGACAGGAAGUGAGUCAUCACAGACUGGGACCUCAGCCACAUCUGGCAGAAGUAAGUUAGACCAGGAUACGCGAAGGAGAGAGAGUGAGAAGUCUCUAGAAAAUGAAACACUUAAUAAAGAAGACGACUGUCACUCUCCAACUUCUAAGCCUCCCAAACCUGAUCAGCCUCUAAAGGUAAUGCCAGCCCCUCCACCAAAGGAGAAUGCGUGGGUGAAGCGGAGUUCUAACCCUCCUGCUCGAUCUCAGAGCUCAGACACAGAGCAGCAGUCCCCUACAAGUGGCGGAGGGAAAGUAGCUACAGCUCAGCCAUCUGAGGAAGGACCAGCAAGGAAAGAUGAAAAUAAAAUGGAUGGAGUGAGUGUCCCCAAAGGCCAAAGUGGGAACUCCAGCCGUGGUCCUGGAGACGGAGGGAACAAAGACCACUGGAAGGAGUCAGACAGGAAAGAUGGCAAAAAAGAUCAAGACUCCAGAUCUGCACCUGAGCCAAAGAAACCUGAAGAAAAUCCAGCCUCCAAGUUCAGCUCUGUGAGCAAGUAUGCUGCUCUCUCCGUCGAUGGUGAGGAUGAGAAUGAGGGAGACUACACUGAGUAGACCUCCACAACCUGUGCUGUCUCCUAGUCUUUCCACCCUGGAAUAUUCAAGAGCAAAUCAAACCUCUAUCCAGACAAGACACAAUAAAACUCACCAUCUCCUGAAGACCUUUCUUAACUUUUUUUUUAAUGAAAUGAAAUUCUUUUGCAUGCUGCUGCAGCCUUUUAAAGUAUUGAAGUAACUGGAGAAUCACCAUUGUAGCCAGACAGACAGUGGCUUUAGGUCUUGAAUGGGAAAGUUGUGAUGUGUUCUGAUACUAAGCAGUUGCCUGUGCCUAGCUGGCUCCGUUUAGCAGAAAUGGCAGUGACAGUGAGACUGGGUCAGAUCAGUCGGGCAGUAGAGAAGGUACAGGAAGAAUCAGGUUUCUAUCUUUAAUUCCUAUCCAUGGUGGCGUAUGAAUUCCCAAACAUCUGAAUAAAUGUCCCAUCUUUGGAAAGGUAGAUUUAAGUCUCCAGGAGGCUGCCAACCCAUUUAUUUUAAAUUCUGACUUACUGGGGCCAGCAUAGGGGGAAUUUUUUUUUUUUUUUUUUACCCCCUAAGGGGGUAGUUGGAAGUGAAUCUACAGGCCACUAACAAGUAGUACUGCUUGGGGACCAAAAUGAAUGGGUAACUCAAUCGUGGUUUGAAAAGCUUUGUGGGGAGGUAGGUUAUUUUACACU